CACUAGUAUAUAGAACUAGCAUCGAUAGUUGAGUUUAUCGAUAUAGGAACUCCAUAAUUGUCAAACAAUUUCGCCCCACGUAUUCCUGUCUGAUCAUCAUCAUCAUAUACUAACAGCCUUACUUAUGAAAAGCCUAUAUCUCUUUCUAAUACACGAUGUUUGGAGUGCAUAAUACACGAUGCAAGGAACAGAGGCCCUACCGCGAACCACGUUCAACGUGUUGCCUCUCUGUCACACUUACGUACGAAUUUACAAGUGCAACAGAGAGGCAACACGUCGAACGUGGUUCGCGGUAGGCCCUCUGAAGCUACCAAGUAUCGUGUGAAGUACCCAACAACCAUUGAUUUGUUCGAAAAUAAGAAUAACGAAACGCAACUGCUUGGUGCUACCGUUCUAACUGUCAGUGUCAAAUUAGAUUGUUGUCAUAGCAGAAAGUAGGCUUAUUGUGAUUAAGAACAGUUACAAUAUUUUAUCCCGUGUUUGCUUUUUCUGUUUUAAAACGUGAUAUUGGAGUCUACUAUCAUUUUAUAAUGAAUACCUGUAGAACGUGUCUCAAAACUCCGGCUAACAAGGAUAUUUCAGGCCUCCAAAAGAGUGUAAAAGAUGACAGUAUAACGGAUAUCAUGGUAUUUUGUUUGGAUAUAAAGGUUUCAGAAGACUCCAAAAUAACUACGAAACUAUGCAACUGUUGCUAUAGAAAAAUCAUAUCGUUUUACAAGUUUAAGGCUCUGUCUUUAAAAAAUGAUGCAUAUCUUCAAUCUCUGAACCCACUUGAGCAGCCUGCAGACCUAAAAUUAACUGUGUACGUGGAUGAAAACGGAAUUAAGCACGAAAAUUUAGUGGAAUCUGAAGAUUUUGGCCCAUGUGUAAUAGAAUAUGGUGCUAGAGUAAUUAAAGAAGAAAUAGAUGUCAAGGAAAACAGACUGGGAGAUUCAGAAAUAAUAGAUAAUAUUAAGGAAGAAUAUACAUUUGAAGAUCACAUAUUUGAAUCAGAUGAAGAGCCACUGAGUGUGGUACAAAAACUUAAAUAUGAAAAUGUGGAGGAUGAUACCAAAGAAGUUGCAGAACAAAACAGCGAGCAGCCGCGGUUUAAAUGUAAAGAAUGUCCAAAGCAGUUCCACUCCGCCGGAGGGCGGAAGAAGCAUUACAGGACCAAGCAUUUAGGGAAAAAGUCCAAGUGUGACAUUUGUGAUAAAGAGGUGGUAUGCCUGUCAGUGCACAAGCUUCGCAUCCACAACCCGUCCGGCAUGCGGUUCACCUGCUCAGUUUGUGAGCGCCGCUUUGUGUCACAGGCUGUGUUGGACCUGCACAUGCUGUCCCAUACCAAAGACUACCGGUUUCAGUGCGCUGUUUGUCAGAAAAAGUUUAGCUGUAGAGGGUUUCUCUCAAAACAUAUGCGGCAGGUGCAUAUAAAGGAAAGGAACCAUAAAUGUGAACAUUGCCCAAAGGCUUUCUUUGGCAAAGAUAAACUUCAAGAACAUAUGAGGACACACACAAAUGAGAAAGAUCAUCAAAUUUGCGAGGAAUGCGGCAUGUCGGUGGUCAACCUCAAGAUGCACGCGCUCCGCCACCAGCCCAAGGACGAGCGGCGCCGGCUGCAGUGCAAGGCGUGUCCCAAGAUGUUCUACUCCAUCGGCGGGCGCAAGAAGCACUACAGGACCACGCAUCUGGGCAAGAAGUACAAGUGUGACAUUUGUCAUAAAGAGGUGGUCUCUCUAUCAGUGCACAAGCUGCGCAUGCACGCCCCGGACGAGCUCCCGCACGCCUGCCCGGAGUGCGGGCGCCGCUGCGUGUCGCAGUCCGUGCUCGAACAACACAUGCUCACACACACGAGGGACUACCAACACGAGUGCGAAACGUGCCUCAAGAAGUUCAGCUCUAAAACAUUUCUGACGAGGCAUCAACGACAGGUGCAUGAAAGAGAACGGAGCCAUCAGUGUGAGUUUUGUUCUAAGGCUUACUUCAGCAAAAAUAAACUACAAGAACAUUUAAGGUCGCACACGAACGAACGGCCGUUCACCUGCAACGAAUGUGGCCUCUCGUUCACAACGAAACAGGCGCUCACAAGACACAUGCUCACGCACAGCGACGUUAAGAACUACCCCUGCGAGCUGUGCAGCAUGAGCUUCAAGGUGCCCGGGAACUUGAGGGCCCACAUGGUCAGCCACACGAAGGAGAAGCGCUACCCGUGCGCGUUCUGCGGCGCGCGCUUCGGCCGCUCCGACCACCGCAACCGGCACCAGCUCACCGCGCACAAGAAACACGGACAGACUGAACCAGACAUAAAGCCGGAUUGCUGAUAGUUAAAAUAGGCCCAAAACUGGGAUUUAAUAUGGACAAAUAUAACAGAGUAUUUCUUUACAGCCGGUUCAGCACACGCGCGGCUAGAUAAUCUUGUCGCGGGCACGAGAACAUACAGAUCGGCGCGACACGUUACUUUAUAGCACAACUCACGCCGGAGAAUUAAGAGACAAACUUGUGGCAGGGUAAAAGAGGCAGUUAGCAACCUGAAAACAUUGCUAGGCUUCGUAGAGGAGCUGGGACCUCGUUUCAUGCAAAAUAAAUGGUUGUCGACUUGCGGAAAAUGCCCAGAAACACUAACUGUGCCAGGGGGAGGAAACUAGAGCGUUCGGGCGUUCUCGGCUCCGUUCGGCUCAUCAUUGUUCCGAGCAAUUAUUAGGGUUGGCAAAAAUUGACAUCCCUUGGUGUGCACAACCUCAGAUAAUUACAUGAAUUUUGACAACCCUAAAUAGCCGAAAGGGAUUUCCAUGCAUUAGAAAGGGACAACAUGAUUCGGCCCUGAAUCGCUGUCAAACUUCGGUUUUGUAGGAAGUUUCCUUUAUGUACGGUAGUACUAUUAUUCAUUCUGUACUUGUGGUCAAGAGUCACUGCCAGAAAGGGACAACAUCGGUUUUGAAUUGUAAUCCGUGGAACAAGGUUGUACUCGUAUACAAUAUGCCUUCCUCUACGGAGCUUUCAAUGGAUGGUUCGACCCUACUGGCUAGAACCUUUUAUUGUGGCACCAAUUUCGGAAUCGCGAAAAACACAUUUUGGCUGAUCGGAUGUCGAUUGGAGAGAUUUUUGCGAUUACUCAGUUCCGAAAAGUAGCUCAGUUUGUUUUGUAGCUCAGUUGUGGAGUGCAUUCAAACUGUUCAAAGCCCCGUAGUGGACGGCACGCUGUAGAUACUAGUUAUAAAAUGAUACAUACAAGCCAUUUUUAUAAAACGUUUUAAUAUCAUGUUAAAAUAUUAACUAAUUUUAAUAAAUAAAUAAGUUAUUACAAAAUGAAUUACCCUAGCGUUUUGUUUCUUAUCCCAUUUUCAUCCCUUCCCUUCCUUCGUCAAUAAAACCUGCAAAAUGGUUUCCGUUUUUUACGAUUUUGACUUCAGAUCCUCGUUCAUAAAUUUACAUUACGACGAAAUUCAAGAUAUCGACCAUUUUUACAAUUUUUCUUUCGAAUUCCUACUAAGAAGCCUUUCGAAUCCUCAAAUAUCAAUUUUCAUCAUGUUUUGAAUAAAAACUAAGAAAUUCCAGAUGGCGGCCGUUUCUUACAAUUUUUACUAAAAUCCUCAGAUAUCAAUUUUCAUCAUGAUUAGAGCAGAAAUUAAGAAAUAUCAGA